GGGAUGGGAAGGAAGGGCUUUGUGUGUACUUGAUGAGUCGGAUCCGGGGGGUUACGCAUUUGGAUUUUACCCUGGCGUAUGAUGGACCUGAUAAUUCGCAGGAGUGGUUUGGUUGGCGGAGGAAUUUGAUGGCGGGUGUUGCGCGGUUCUUCGCCCGCUCGUGGAACGCCCCUCGGCAGGUCAGUCCAGAGUAUCGUGAGAAGCUCCGCAGGACAUACGUUAGGGAGUUGCGGCUACUAUACUCUGCACUUCCGGAUCGCUUCCGCCCUAUCAUCCAGAACUGCGUCGAUUCGAUAGAUGCCGUUCUAUCCCUACCUAUGGUGCUCCUGCACCGCGACUUGGGCACGUGCAACAUUAUAGUCGACGAGACGUCGUGCCAUCUCGUCGGCGUUGUCGAUUGGGCUGAAGCUGAGAUAUGUCCCUUCGGGCUAAAUCUUCAUUCUCUCGAAGCCCUGACGGGGAAACUUCAUCUUCGAGACGGUUGGAGACAGUACGAAGAUUAUGCCACUUUAUAGAAUGUGUUCUGGAGCACAUUUACGCAACAAGUUGGAGGACUGGAUGAGGGAACUGUCCAAACCGUAAAACUUGCACGGAUC